AGCUGAUCCUGGAGUUCAUGGUGGGCUCCGCUCCUCACGUCCUGCCUCUGCUUGCGUUUCCCUGGACAAGAUGUACGAGCGCCACAGAAGGCGAUACAGCCUGUGUGACAUUUCCAAGGUGGACAGGACUGUAGAUGUUGUGUUGUUAAAGAUAAACCGGGAAAGCUGGUGUUCGUUAGAGCCAUGCCCGGAUUCUUCACUGCUGGAGCCCAGGAGGACCCGGGAGUCUCCAGAAUGUGAAAGCUUCCUGGAGGAUGGGCUGAGCAGCGUCUGUGCCUCAUCACAGGGAGUCCUUAAAAGAGAGUCUGGGAGCGAGUCCGAGCUCUUCCCCUUGCCUGGUGAUGGGAUGGAAGACAUUGUCUUUGGAAAGCAUCCCGAAGAGGAGCAGUCGGUGUGUGAUGUCACCAGCUCCAGUUCCUCUGCCGACGACACCAUGUCCUUGGAAAGAAACUCAUCCCUGGGCAGCGACACCUCCCUCCCCUUCCCACCGCCGCUGAACUUCAUCAGGCCCAAGGACAGGUACAGUUUGGAUGGAAGCUGCAUUAACAUGGUGGCCACGGAGGGAAGAGAGGGUGAAGCCGCUGGCUCGGGCGAGACGGAAGAGGAGCUGGACAGCAUCACGGACGUGCCCCCGCAUUCCUCCGUCUUGAGAAGCUCCAUGCGGCCGCUGUCCCCGUUCCGUCGCCAUAGCUGGGGGCCGGGGAAGAACGCCACCAAUGAAGCAGAAAUCAAUCAGAGGAGUUACAGCCUAGAAGGCCUUACCGGGGACCCUGGUGAGAACAAGAAGCCCUCGGCCAGCUUGGAGACCUCUUCUCUGAGCUCCAAGGAUCUCCGACGAAGUCCGCUGGCCAGCGAUGAAUGCGGGUCCCUGGUGUCUCUCACUGAAGAACUGGAGCAGGCAGAAAUCAGAGACUAUGAUCACCAGAUGAAUCAAAGAUCACAGCCACAAGGAUUUAAUUUCUGUGUCUCUGCUGUUUCUUCUCCACUGACCAAAUCUAUGUCUCUAAUGGCAAUUAGUAAACCAGUGCUGGACACCCUUGGACGGACUCGACCAUCCAGACGAAUCUCCUUCUCCUUCAGCAUCUCUCCGCUCAUUCCUAAGUCUAAAACUCUCUUUUCUAUUGGCUCUUCUUCCAGUGAUGAGGAGGAAGAGCUGGAUACUACCCGGCAGUUCAGCGGCCCCAGCAGCUCCUCAGUUCAAAGAAUAUCUGAAGAGAACACCAGUGUUCCCUCUGGCAAAAGUGGAACAAAAGUCAGUCGCACCUUCAGCUACCUCAGGAAUAAAAUGUCCAGCAGCAAGAAGAGCAAACAGGAAAAGGAGAAAGAGAAGGAGAAGACUAAGGAGAAAGAAAGGGAGUCCAAGGAGAAGGAAAAAGACAAGAAGCUGCUGAACGGACAUCUCUUCACUGCAACCUCUGUUGUAGCCCAAGCAACCUGUUACCACUGUAUGAAACCUUUCAAUAAGGAUUCGUACUACUGUGCAAACUGCAAUGCAAUUGUUCACAAAGGCUGUAAGGAGAGUUUUGCCUCCUGUGCGAAGGUCAAAAUGAAGCCACAGAAAGGGAUGCUGCAGGCACAUGAUACCUCUUCAUUACCCACGGUAACCAUGAGAAACAAAAGCUCGCAGCCCAAGGAGCGCCCGCGCUCUGCAAUACUUGCUCCUGAUGAAAACACCGUAACCUCCAUAUUCAAUAACAGGAGGUCACAACAGCCUACAGCACUUUCAAAGAGUGUCUCCAUACAGAACAUUGCAGGAGUUGGCAAUGAUGACAGCCUAAUACAUACUUGGAAAUUCCUCUCGCAGUCUACAGACUCUUUACAUAAAAUCAGCCGGGUGAAUGAAUCGAUGGAGUCGCUAAUCGAUGAGGGUGCAGACAUGAACGAAGGACAGCUGAUGGGAGACUUGGAACUAGAUUCGAAGCAGCUGGAGGCAGAAUCUUGGAGCCAAGUAGUGGACAGCAAGUUCCUACGACAGCAGAAGAAAGAUGUUGUCAAAAGGCAAGACGUCAUUUAUGAGCUAAUGCAGACAGAAAUGCAUCACGUCCGCACCCUGAAGAUCAUGAAUGAUGUGUACAGUGCAGGAAUGAUAAAGGAGCUGCAGUAUGACCAACAUGUAGUGGACAAGAUCUUCCCCUGUCUGGAAAACUUGCUGCACAUCCACAGUCACUUCUUCCAGCGGAUUCUGGAAAGGAAGAGGGAGUCGUUGGCAGACAAAAGUGAGAAAAAUUUUGUCAUCAGGAGGAUAGGUGACAUCCUGGUGAAUCAGUUCUCUUGUGAGAAUGCAGAGCGAAUGAAGAAAACGUAUGGCAAGUUCUGCGGGCAUCACAACGAGGCUGUAAAUUACUUCAAAGAUCUGUACUCAAAGGACAAGCGGUUUCAGGCAUUCGUCAAGAAAAGAAUGAGCAGUUCGGUGGUGAGACGCCUUGGGAUUCCUGAAUGUAUCUUGUUGGUAACACAGAGAAUCACAAAGUACCCGGUCUUGCUGCAACGGAUACUGCAAUACACCAAAGAAAAUGAAGUGGAACAUCAAGACUUGACUCAGUCAUUAAACCUGGUUAAAGAUGUGAUUGCUGCAGUCAAUAGCAAAGUCAGCAAUUACGAAAAGAAAAUGCGUCUCGAUGAGAUUUACACCCGGACGGAUAGCAAGUCCAUCAUGAGGAUGAAGAGUGGCCAGAUGUUUGCAAAAGAGGAUUUGCGGCAUCGAAAGCUCAUCCGAGACGGGCCUGUUUCACUGAAAAAUGCAGCGGGACGGUUGAAAGAAGUCCAGGCUGUUCUCCUCUCUGAUAUGCUCGUGUUCCUUCAGGAGAAGGACCAGAAGUAUGUCUUUGCCUCACUGGACCAGAAAUCCACUGUGAUCUCCCUGAAGAAGCUGAUUGUCCGAGAAGUGGCUCAUGAAGAAAAGGGUUUGUUCCUGAUCAGCGUGGGUGCCAAAGAUCCCGAGAUGGUGGAAGUCCAUGCCAGCUCCAAAGAAGAGCGUAGCAGCUGGAUACAGAUCAUUCAGGACACAAUUAACACCAUGGAUAAGGAUGAAGAUGAAGGAGUCCCGAGUGAGUCUGAGUUGGAAAAGAGAGUGUCGGACACGAAAGUGAGAGAAUUGAAAGAACAACUUCACCAGAAGGACAAGCAAAUCCUCAUCUUGCUAGAGGAAAAGGAGAAGAUCUUCAGGGACAUGGCAGAGUGCUCUGUGCAAGAGGACCUGCCGGGCUCCAGAGUGCUCUUCAGAGCUAACACAGAGGAGGCACCAAAAGGAGAGGCCAUUAUGAAAAGUGCAAUAAAUGAAGUUGAACUGCUGCAAGGCCUGGUGAGCAGGAGCCUGGGCUGUGUCCUUGGGCAGCAGGUCAACAGUGCCGCCAUGGAACAAGAAGGAGGUGUUGGCCCCAUCUCUCUCCCUAGACGGGCAGAAACUUUUGGAGGAUUUGACAGUCAUCAGAUGAACGCCUCCAAGGGUGGAGAUAAGGAGGAAGGUGAUGAUGCCCAGGAUCUUCGGAGAACAGAAUCGGACAGCAUUUUAAAGAAGGGUGGAAAUGCUAAUCUUAUGUUCAUGCUGAAAAGGAAUAAUGAGCAGGUUCUCCAAAGCAUUACCAACCUCCAUAAGCUGCUCAGUGCUUUGCAGGCCGUGGUGUUGCAGCAGGACACGUUCAUCGAGGACCAGAAGCUGGCGCUGAGCGAGCGAGCGCUGACCCGAAGCCUGUCCCGGCCCAACUCCCUGAUAGAGCAGGAGAAGCAGCGCAACCUGGAGAAGCAGCGCCAGGAGCUGGCCAACCUGCAGAAGCAGCAGGCGCAGCACCAGGAGGAGAAGCGCAGGAGGGAGAAGGAGUGGGAAGCCCGGGAGAAGGAGCUCACGGAGCAGGAGGCCCACCUGGCCCAGCGAGAGAAGCAGGUGCAGAGAGGGAGUCAGGAUCUGGAACGCGAGCGGGAGGAGCUGCAGGUGAAGAAAGCUUCCUACCAGCUCGACUUGGAGAGGCUCCGUACGGCACAGAAACAGCUGGAGAGGGAAAAGGAGCAGCUCAAGAGAGACAUGGAGCGAUUACCUCAAACGCGGUUGGAGCCUGACCACAACCAGGUUUCAAAUCCACAUGACAAGCUUGCAAGAGUCCCCUCCCUGCCCAGCACCGAGGAUUCCUCCAAGCAGAAAAGCCCUCCCCUUCCCAAACAGGGGCACUUUGAUGCAGAACUGUCUGUGUCACCCAAAAGGAAUAGUCUUUCAAGGACACACAAAGAGAAAAGCACUUUCCAUUUGCUUAGCACAACAAACCAGACUAACAAGGCGGCUGAAGGGCAGCCCCAGAUGCCUACCCGCCUCUUCAGUUUAGCCAAACCAAAGGAGAAAAAAGAAAAGAAGAAAAAGGGCAAAGGGCAUCGCUCCCAACCAUCUGAUUCCCACUCGUCGGAAGCACCGCCGGAGGGUGAGGAGAUCUUUUGCUGAGCGCUGCCACC